AUCACUUUGCUCAUUAGACAAACCCUGCGCAGUCUACAAACCGUAUUGGCCUGCCUCCAUUUUAUCGUCUUCCGUGGGAUUUUCCCUGAAUCUCCGCACUUGAAACUAGGGCCCGAGCUAGGCAGAAUACAAUCCUUGUGAAAAGAUGGCGACAAAAGCAGCCUUCAAACGGCUUACUCGUGAAUAUCAGAACAUACAAAAAAACCCACCACCCUAUAUAAUCGCUCAUCCAUCAGAGUCCAACAUUCUUGAAUGGCAUUACAUCCUCACUGGCCCCCCUGGGACACCGUACGAGAAUGGACAAUACUGGGGUACAUUGAUGUUCCCUCCAGAGUACCCAUUUGCUCCACCAGCCAUCCGCAUGCAUACCCCGAGCGGCCGAUUUCAACCAUCUGCUCGACUAUGUCUCAGUAUCAGUGAUUUUCAUCCCAAGUCCUUCAACCCAGCUUGGGAGGUUUCGACGAUUCUUAUCGGACUACUCUCCUUUAUGACUAGCGAAGAGAUGACUACGGGUAGCGUCAGUGCGUCAGAAGCGGAACGAAGAGUGCUAGCCGCGCGAUCGAGAUGGUGGAACUCCACCGGUGGAGGUUCUCACGUCAUUUCCACUCCGGGAGUGACCCCUACAGCCAAGGGAAUCAAUAAUGUGAAAGCAGGGGAUGGCGGGCUGAAAUUUCGCGCAGAAUGGCCAGAAUUAGACCAAGAGAACUGGAAGUGGAUGAGGGACAAUCGUAUUGACACGAACACUGGUCAACUCAUACCUGACCCAAAUGCUGCUGCUACAAAAUGUUCACCAGAGACCAGUGCACUGCGGAGGCGCCCGAAUGGAAGUGCCCAUGGCCUCGGGGCUGUGGUAGAAGGUGGUCAUGUCGCACGAGAAGCGGGCCAAAGCUGGGUUCGACGAAAUCGAGUUUGGGUUGGUCUCGCCUUAUUGUUUGGAUAUGCACUUGUCGCGAGACUGCUAAAUGAUGUUCAAGGUUAAGAUUAAGUGUCUUAACUCUUGACCCCUUUCAUACCCAGGAAACGUUUGGCACCCAAUACACAUUGUCUUUUUAUUUUCACUUUUU